UCACUAUUUUGACUGUUCAAACUUCAAACCCCAAAACGUGCUCAUAAUUUCCCUUCCAUCAUCAAAAAUGGAAACCCUAGAAGAAGAAAUCAAAAUCCAACAUUUCACUGAAUGGUUACGAGCAAACAAAGUCGAAUUACGUGGUUGCAAAAUCAAAUACUGUGGACCUAAUAAAGGAUUCGGUCUUUUUUCUUCAUCUCAAAACAGUACUAGUCCAAUUUUACUAGUUGUGCCAUUAGAUUUGUCAAUAACACCAAUGAGUGUACUGCAAGAUCCAAGUUUAGGGCUUAAAUGUAGAGCUAUGUUUGAACAAGGUGAAGUUGAUGAUCGUUUCUUAAUGAUUUUAUUCUUAACUGUCGAACGUCUUCGCAAGAAUUCAUUGUGGAAGCCGUAUAUUGAUAUGUUACCAAUUACAUUUGGGAAUCCACUUUGGUUUACUGAGGAUGAGAUUUUGGAACUUAGAGGGACUUCUUUGUAUAAAGCUACCCAAUUGCAGAAGAAAAAGUUGGAGGGUUUGUAUGAAGAGAAAGUGAAGGAUUUGGUUAUGGAGAUACUUGAUGGGGAAGCGGAAAGUGAAGUGUGUUACGAGGACUUCCUUUGGGCGAACUCCAUAUUUUGGACACGUGCUCUAAAUAUACCUUUCCCACAUUCUUACGUAUUCCCGAAAACCUCAGAAGAAGAAAAUUGUUCCGUGCCCGUGGACACAGAUGGUGGCAUUAUCACUUCAGAAGUUUCGCCUUCUUCCGUGGAUGAAAAUGGCAGCCGUGGUUGUGAACUUGCAAGCGGAGUUGCUGUGAAUGCAGUAAACUCAGCACAAGGAGAAUCCGUUUGGGUCGAGGGACUUAUACCUGGCAUUGAUUUUUGCAAUCAUGUAAUAAAGUCUGCGACAACAUGGGAGGUUGACAGUUUGGGAUUGACAACUGGAGUUCCUGCAUCUAUGUACCUUUUGUCGGAUGAACAGGGUACAGUCCAAAAUGAGGAAGAGAUAUGUAUAAGUUAUGGUGAUAAAGGAAAUGAGGAGCUACUGUACCUUUAUGGAUUUGUCAUUGAUGAUAAUCCGGAUGACUACCUCAUGGUCCAUUAUCCAGUAGAGGCGAUUCAGAGUGUUCCUUUUGCUGAUUCAAAGGCACAGCUUCUAGAAGUACAGAAGGGUGAAAUGAGAUGUCUUUUGCCUAGAAAUUUAUUGGAACGUGGUUUCUUCUCAGAAAGCUCCCCUAAAAAUGAAGAUAAUAUUCAACGUGGAAAUGAUAGGAUGUGCAGCUUUAAUUGGUCUGGUCAGCGUAAGAUUACUUCAUAUCUGGAUAAACUAGUUUUUCCGGAGGAAUUCUUAACUACUUUACGGACCAUAGCCAUGAACGAGGAAGAGCUGUUUAAAGUGUCAUCACUGCUAGAAGAGCUUGUUGGAAACGAAGAGGAGAAGCAACCAUCCGAUACCGAAGUUAAGGCAGCAGUAUGGGAGGUUUGUGGGGAUUCAGGUGCUCUGCAGUUGCUUGUCGAUCUUCUUCAAACCAAGAUGAUGGAGCUUGAAGAUGGUUCUGGAACUGAAGCUUCUGAUACUGAGUUGCUUGAAAAGGCUUGCGUAAUAGAAAUCUCCGAAGGGACUAUGAGACACGAUGCAGAAAAUGUUACAAGUGCAGAGAAGUUGAUCAGCAGAAACAGCUGGUGCAGUAUAAUUUAUCGACGAGGGCAAAAGCAACUUACACGCCUGUUCUUAAAGGAAGCUGAGCAUGGCCUGCACUUAUGCUUAAGUGAACAAAAUUGAGUACAAAAGCGAACAGCUUCCAAGUUUUGUUAGGGGGAUGAGAAACGAAACUUGAUCAGUCUGUGUAUCAGUAUCAUUUAGGAAAUCCAAGAAUUACAGUUAAGUUCCCACACUUUUUGGAAUUUGAGAAUUGAUAGAAUCCACCAUUUCUAUUUGAGGAUUAGUUCAAGGUUUGAUCAUAUAGUUCUGGAAGUGUCAGGCUCAAUUUUAACCAGUCCCGGACUCUAAUAAACUUUUUUUUUUUGUUCAACUAUAGAUAACCUUUGACUGAGAUGUGUAUUCUCUUGGAUCAGCUUUUUUCUGUAGUAUGAACUUGUUAGAAGUCGGAUCAGCAGCCUCUUAAGAAGUCUUAUCCACACUAAUAAAGCAAGUAAAGACGCCUAUGUACACUACAAAACCUCUUUUUCAUUGCAUUAGUCAUAGUCAUGAGUCAUGACCCAUAUAAACCUUUAUGACUUGGUGGUUGAGUGCAACUGGUUUGAUUAUAAGAAAGGAUGAUUCUGGAUUGACCACAAUAAAUCCCAAAACCGGAGGUGAUCCAAUGGCUUUUAGCAGCCCUUCUAGCCGGAAUUUUGACUGAGGGAAGAAAAUGCGAUCUCCAUUUGUGUAUGCAUGGAUCUCUGAGCCCUCAAAUUUCAUAUCAGUUCAUGUGUAUCUCUAUAAUAGCAAAUCUGGUGAUUUUAAAGAUGAAUG